AUGGCGAGUAGUAGCGGCGCCGGGGCGGCUGCGGUGGCAGCGAACCUGAAUGCGGUGAGAGAAACCAUGGACGUUCUGCUUGAGAUUUCAAGAAUUCUGAAUACUGGCUUAGAUAUGGAAACUCUGUCUAUUUGUGUACGGCUUUGCGAGCAAGGAAUUAACCCAGAAGCUCUGUCAUCGGUAAUUAAGGAACUUCGCAAGGCCACUGAAGCACUAAAGGUUGGACACUCCUAUUAG